UCAAAAUAAACAAAGCAAGCAAGCUCUUGAGUCCAAGUCCUCAACACACAAUAAUAUGUCCACACUGAAAAUCCGAUCAGAGAAACCAGACGACAUUCGAGGUCUCGUGACGCUGAGGCUGCUCAUUCGGAAGCUUGUGCAGAGGGGUCUCUCCAUUUUAUCAGCCAGAGGCUUUCAUCACCACAAUGAUUUUGAUGAAGCCACAGUGGUGCCAGAAGAUGUUAAAGAAGGGCAUUUUGCUGUCUUUGCAGUGAAGGGCAAGGAGGCAGAGAGGUUUGUGGUGAAAUUAGAGUCCUUGCAAAACCCUGAGUUUUUGAGGUUGCUAGAAGAAGCUGAGGAAGAAUAUGGAUUUGAACAGAAGGGGGCUCUUGCUGUUCCUUGCAGGCCAGAGGAGUUGCGUAAGAUUUUAGAGAACAGGAGGGAGAAGAAUAGUAGUAAUAAUAAUAUUAAUCUUACAGUUAUACAAGGAUACUAGCUAAGCUAGCUACCCGAAUGACCACAUUUUCAUGUAUGAUUUAUUAGCCAUGUAAAUUUCUUUGUCUAAUUAUUUCCUCUGUUAUAUGUGCUCUUUUUGCACUGGAUGUAGACAGAUUUCUGCAUGGGAAGAAUAUAAGAAAAAUUCAUUCUUAUAUCUUA